CAUGAAGCGCCGGGGUUGAUUCCGGUGUGGAGCCAGCAGCGAGGGCGGCCGGCUGUGAGGGCCUGCGGGAGAGCAGGAUGCUCAGGAACCCGGGCCAUUUGCACAAAAGCCCCCCCCCCGCGGCCAUUCUGAUCCAGAUCGUCGUCUGUCGCUGAAAUCGGCCAGCCGCACUCGCCGCCUCGUUAUCCAUCUGAUCCCUCUCCAUCGGCCAGCAACCAUCGAGCAACCAUCGACGAGCAACCAUGAGCUCGGAACUCCAUCUUUCCACCCGUGCCCUGCACGCCGACCGCUCGCACUCGGGAGUCGAUGUUACUUGCCCACUCCACGUCUCGACCACAUACGAGUAUGGCCAGCUGCUCAACGACCAACGAGCCGUUCAGCAAGGAUACCUCGAUUCUUUGCCAGAGCCCAGUCCCGGCGCCCAGGCCCAGACCACGGCCAGCCCACAUAUCUACUCGCGACAGUCGAUCGAGUCCCGCGAGCGACUCGAGGUGGUGCUCGGCGCCAUCGAGGGACCCGAGGCCCACGCAGUGACGUAUGCCUCGGGCCUGGCCGCCAUCUAUGCCGCCUUUCUCUUCUACCAGCCUCGCAGGGUGUUUAUCUCAAAGGAGGGCUACCACGGCACCCACAGCUCGCUCCAACUCUACGCUCGCGGACGGGAUCAUGUGCAAAUCAUUCAUCUCGAGGACGCCCCCAGUGAAUUCCAGCCCGGUGAUAUGAUCUGGCUCGAGUCGCCGCAGAACCCUCGCGGUGAGAUCUACGAUGUCGAGUACUAUGUCAAGGCCAGACCCAAGGGCGCCAUUGUCGCUGUCGACGCAACCUUUUCGCCCCCGCCGCUGGUUUUCAACUUGAAACACGGUGUCGAUGUCGUGAUGCAUUCGACUACAAAGUUCCUUGGGGGCCACUCGGAUCUUCUGGGAGGUUCUCUUGUUGUGCCGUCGUUGGAGACGGCCCAGAAGCUCCGAGCGGAUCGCACCGCGCUUGGAUCGGUCAUGGGCAAUAUGGAGGCUUGGCUGCUACUUCGUAGCUUGAGAUCUCUCAAUGUUCGCGUGUUGCAGCAGUCCCGCUCGGCCACGGCGAUUGCCCAGUGGCUGAACAGCCGUCUGGAUGGGACGAACAACAACCCCGAGGACGACUGCCUCAGCAUCGUCGAGAAGGUCUGGCACGGGUCGAUUCCCGGGCAUCCUGGCCAUGAGGUCGCCAAGCGGCUCGGAAUGGGACACUCGGGCGUAUUCUCGGUCGAGCUCACCAACGCCAGCUUUGCGCGUGUCCUUCCCAGGCAUCUGCGUCUGUUCGUGAACGCCACGAGUCUCGGCGGCGUCGAGUCGCUGAUCGAGUGGCGGGCCGUGCAGGACCCGCAGAUCAGUCCCAAGCUCUGUCGGGUGUCGGUGGGCCUGGAGGACGUCGAGGACCUCAAGCACGACCUGCGCCAGGCCUUUGGGGCGAUUCUCCGCGAGGCGGCGUCAUCGUGAGCAAUCCCUGCUGUGGCUGGCAGUUGCGAGCCGUUGCUGCCAGCCAGUGCCGCAAGCCAUCACUGUGACCAAGCAGAGGUUGCACGAAGGCCGCACAGACAGAAUAAAUGUUCCGCCGAUUGUGCCCAA